GCGCCGCAGUGAUCACAUGACUGUGACUUCCUGCUUUGUGUUUUGCUCUCCGGUAGGGAAGCCGAACGUAUCCUUUGGGCUGGCCAAAAAGAGAAGAUCCACUAAAAGCAUCAGUGAGUGCGUGUGUUUGGCUAUAGUUCCAAAUGCUGCGAUGCCAAUGAAAUGCUAGCUAGCUAGCUAGCCAGCCGCAUGGCCUCUCUUCCUUUUCCCUUUCGAAGGAGCUAAGUGACGUUGCUGACACUUGACACUUUGUCUUUUUUUGCUAUUAUGUCGAAAUACACUAGCUUUCCUGAACCAAUGGACGAUCACAACCCUUUCCAGGACCCAGCAGUGACCCAACACAGCAGCAACACCGGCUAUGCCACUUUGGACCUGUACAACCCAUUUGAGGGCACGCCUGAGGCUCCGCCUCCGUACGAAGCCACCUCUCCAUCUGCUCCAUCUGCGCCUGCACAGACUCCGCCUAGCCGGACGACGCCCACCGAGCCCCGUAACUACGGCUCGUACAACAGCCGCAACUCCCAGACUGCCGUAAAUGCUACCACGACAGAGCUGAUGAAGAAGCAGGAGGAGCUGGAGAGGAAAGCCCAGGAGCUGGAGAGGAGAGAGCGGGAGCUGCAGUCUCACACUUUGGGCCCUGGAGCCACUCGUCAGAAUAACUGGCCUCCCCUGCCUUCGUUCUGUCCCGUCGGCCCCUGCUUCUACCAGGACAUCAACGUGGAGAUCAGCCAGCGCUUCCAGCGGACCGUCACCAGCAUGUAUUACUUUUGGUUGUUCGGCACGGGAACUCUGCUCUUUAACCUGAUCUCCUCGCUGGCCAUGUUCUGCAUCGACACUUCAGUCGGCGUCGGUCUGGGUCUUGCCAUCCUCUGGGCGCUUCUCUUCACUCCGUGCUCCUUCGUCUGCUGGUAUCGGCCCGCUUACAAAGCGUUCAGGAGUGACAGCUCGUUCAACUUCUUUAUUUUCUUUUUUGUUUUCUUUGCCCAAGUCAUUCUUUACGUCAUCAUGACCAUCGGCAUCCCUGGAUGGGGCUUCAGUGGAUGGAUUGUGAGCUUGACUGCUCUCAAGACAAGCGUCGCCGUCGGUGCCAUCACCAUGAUGAACGCCAUCCUGUUUACCGCUCAGGCCGCCAUUGGAGUGGUCAUGCUGAAGAAGGUUCACGGUCUUUACAGGCAGACCGAUGCCAGUUUCCAAAAGGCCCAGGCGGAAUUUGCCACUGGAGUCAUGUCCAAUCAGGCCGUCCGCCAAGCUGCUGCCGGCGCCGCUAGCAACGCCGCUCAAGGGGCCUUCGCCGCACCCCGUUGAUCCCCAGGGACGUUGAGGAAAGGCUCGUUCAUGUUCAUUUUCCCCAUUGUGGUGAUUCGAUUUCAAUGACUGGUGAACCCGAGUCCCAAGCGAGUGCACCAGAUUAUGGCCUUCUGUAAUGGCGUAUGUCAUAAAUAGGCCGAAACGAGUCCACAUUUAUUCGGACAUGCCGUCGUGGUGUUAGUAAGCUGUCUGAAAGUGCCAAGACUGCCAAAUGUAUCCUUUAUCACCCGUGAGACAUGCUGUUUUUUCAGCUCAUGCUAAAAGGCUUCCAUUGAAACAUCUCCAUCCUAACGGACCAAAUGGUCCCUUUUUCUCGUGCGAAACUAACAAUGAUGCUUAUGUAUGUUGUAGCCAAAACUCUCACACACUGUAAGAAAUUGUGUUUGAUGUCGCACCGUUUUGUUGCUCCAUCUUGUGACUAAUACAAAUACACUGACGUGCAAGACCGCCUGGCUGAGUUUACUGCAGUCGUUGAAGGACAUUUGUGAUCAAUAAUACGUUCGGUCAAGAGGUAUGCUUCGCAUACAUUUUUGACCCACUUUUUGCUUUCACUGUCCUUUGUUAUUUAGAAGUGCCAAAGAAUAGAAAUGAUAACAAAAAUACUUGUAUGCCAA